AAUGAAUGUGCUGUCAGGACACAUGUUUACAAUGCUGUGGAGCAGAAAGGGGGGAAUGGAGCUGCACAGGACCUCCGAGCACCAUGAAAUCCAGUCUGAGAGGUGGUUCCUCGUUAGAGCAGACUGACAGUCCAGGAGGACAACACAGGUCACUGCACAACGACAUUGGAGAGGUAUUCUGCAGCGUCACAGGACAGGCGUGCUGAAGUCACAGUGAAUUAUCACAGAGGCUCAUAAUAACAUUUGAAUCUGACUUUGCUGCACCGUGGUGCAACAGGUACGGUAUACCAACCCUGUUUCCUAACUGACUGAUACUGAACUAAGACCAUCGGGGCUGUGCAGACCACUCUCUCAGGGAUGACGAGUGCACAGAUGCUGAAACCUUCAACAGAAGACUCUGUUUUUGGUGGCAAGUCUCCCCACAGGAUGGCAUCCACCGCAGUCCCCCUCAGUGUCUUUGAUCCCUCGCCACAAUUGCCACACUCGCCACACUCGCCGCAUUCGCCGGCUGUCCCACCUUCACUGGACUUUGCCCUGGGUGCUCUUGCCUGCUGUGCUGCCUGCAUGUUCACCAACCCGCUGGAGGUCGUGAAGACUCGUCUGCAGCUUCAGGGGGAGCUUCGUGCCGUGGGGUCCUACCAGAUACACUACCGGGGAGUCCUGCAGGCCCUCUGGGUUGUGGGCCAGACGGAUGGGCUCCGGGGCCUGCAGAAGGGGCUCUCAGCCGGGCUGAUCUACCAGGGCGUGAUGAACGGGGUGAGGCUGGGCUUUUACUCCUACUGUGAAGGUCUGGGUGUCACCUCAUUCCACGGGGGGAGUCUGCUGUCAGGGGCGGCAGCUGGGGCUCUGGGUGCCUUCAUUGCUUCUCCUGCUUACCUGGUGAAGACCCAUCUGCAAGCUCAGACUGUAAAUGCCAUAGCGGUGGGCCACCAGCACAACCACGAGGGAGUGGUCAGUGCCUUUGUUACUAUCUACAGAAGAGAGGGUUUAACUGGUCUGUGGAGGGGUGUGAACGGAGCUGUGCCUCGAGUCAUGGUGGGCUCAGCCACUCAGCUGGCAACCUUCACCUCAGCCAAGGAAUGGGUGUCACAUUUUCAGUGGUUUAAUUCAAAGAAAUGGCUCACAGCGCUGACAGCAGCCACCGUCAGCGGGGUUGCAGUGGCCAUCACCAUGACACCGUUUGACGUCAUCAGCACGCGGCUCUACAACCAGCCGGUGGAUGAGCUUCGCAAGGGGCGCCUGUACCAUGGAUUUUCAGACUGUAUACUGAAAGUGUGCCGAGCUGAGGGACUGCGGGGGUUAUAUAAAGGCAUGGGCCCUGUGUUCCUACGACUGGCCCCGCACACGAUGCUCAGCAUGCUGUUCUGGGAUCUGAUGAGGCAACAUGCAGUCAAAGACAACGAAAGUCAGAGAACGAACUAAAACGCCUACAAAUUGUGCAACUGAGUGAGCCUCUGCAUAGCUGGAUGAGCCAGGAUUUAAGGCAAAAGUGUGACAUUUUUGGAAAUCCACUCAUUUGCUCAGAGCUGUGUAUGAAGACUGAUAUAGUUAAUGUAUUUUGCUGUGGUACAUGUAAAGGUUUGCGGUAAUAUGUGGUGAACCGUGUUCUUGGCUGCUGCCGGUAGCUUCUUGGAGUCUGAACCAAGAAAUAUUCCCUCACAAACUCCAAAUAUCCUUACAAAUUCUUGUUUCUACAUAUAUAAACAAAUUCAACAAGUGCAACAUGAAAUCUUAAUUGUGAAAUAUCAGAAGUGCUUCCUGAAGAAAUGUUCAUGACUAUUUGACAAAGCCAAGCUUGUUUUCCACUGUUUCAAGUCUUUUGACCAAUAACUGAUGGUUGUGCCUUUAUUUUAUUCCUUUUCUAAAUCUGAGUGACACAUCAAAUGUGUCACCUAACUCUGAUCCAGAUAGCAAGCAAAUUGAAAUAUCAAACAAUUGCUUUUGCCAUUCAUGAUGAGUUGCAUCAAUUGUUCAACAUGCAUCCUGCAUUCAGAGUGUUUUUUUAAACCCCAAAAAACCUCCGUUGCUCCUUAGAUUUCAGUAUUUAACCUCAAAUGAUGAAUUUCUUUUAUCAGCCUGCAGCGGAGCUGACGGAAGAGUCUCAUCGUUACAGAGUUGACAGCUGCAGCUGGAGGACUAAAACGUAAACUACUUUCCAUGUUAAGACGACUUUAAGAUGACUUCCGUCCCGGUUUUAUGUGUAAAUCCCAGCUGCUUCGUCAUCUACAUGGAGAAGAAAAAUCUGAAGGGAUGUUUUUUCUUUCUUUUAGUUUCACUGUCAAAUGGAGUAACCUUCCAGCAGACCCAGGAAUGCCAUUUGAUUGGAGGUUUCUUUUUUAUUACAGAUUUUCAGCCUAACACAGUUUGUACUUCAGGCCUUUUAACUUAAGUAAAUAAUCGGAAUAAAGAUAUAUUUUGUAAGAAA